UUUUUUUUUGUUUUUUUUUUCCCCUUCCCCUGAUAAGACCACAUACACCGACGGAAGCAGUCUUUCCUGUGCUUGUCAUACGUCAUAUAAACCAGUUGCACAGGCUUGGUGGGCAACAAUCAGAUGUCUAACGGUGGCAUGAACCCAACUGUAUAGACAGGUUCCAAGAUCAUCUCCGAUGUGGUACGGACAGUUACGGGAUUGUUCGGGGAAAAUGAUUUACACCUCUUGUUGUGACGACUGGUACUUUCAACAGAAUCGUUGUCCAGCACCAUUUACAGCUUAAUAAGACUGACUGGCCAACAACAAAAGUCAAGAUGGACAAGAGGAAUCCUAUCACCUGAACAGAGCUUUACUGAUCUCGGAUUUUAUUUAUUUCAGGAUUAAUUUUUAAAAAAAGUUUAUAUAUUUUUUCAAUUGAAAAAAAAAAUUAUGUAUAAAGUUGUCUGAGUACAUGUUUAAUAUACAGUAAUCAACACAGGUUUGGGUACAUCAGUACAGUAUGCUGUGUAUUUUUACCCAUUCACAGACACUGCUGUCCUAAAUAUUCCCUCCAUAAAUGAAUCUAUGGAUUUCUUUGUUGAUUUCGUUAGCAUGUCUUAAAGUCACGUCUGGAAACACACUAGUCACAUGACAUACAGUAUCUUAUCGAUCCAGCUAACUGAGUUAGGAAGCUAAUUCAGUUAGCCAGUUUAGAUGGAUGGAUACAGUGCUAGUUGGCAAACCAUCCAUCUUGUUUGCUAACCGAAGAAGCUCAUUUAUAAAGAUAGUUAUCUGGUUUGUCCUCUAGCUCACUAACAUGCCAAACUCAAUAGAUCCAAAUCCUCUUGAAUUAGGUCUUUUUAGAUAAUUAUCCUUUUUUGUUUCUUUCAUCAAAACUCCAGACAGUUUUUUUUUGUUUGCAAUGUUGCCUAAUCUGCCCAAAUUAAACACUUAUUAUUAUGUUUGCCAUUUCAAAAAUAUUGAUCUCUGAACAUGUGUACUCUGCAAAGUAAACAUUCCGUGGGUUACAAUCACCGUUUCCCUUUUUCAGUCCUGGGCUAAAUGUCUUACACAAAAGGUUUUGCCUCAUCUGAUCAAAUUAAAGGCUUGAAAGAUUUUAAUCAAGAGGAAGAAAUUAAAAAAAAAAAAAUUUUAUACAUUCAGCUUACAUUUGAUUAUGUUCGUCAUUCCCUGACCCUGUGCGUCUGGCAAAUUCAUGUGAGAACAGUACACAAUACUAUCCUGUGAACUUUGCUCAUAAACCAGUGUAAACAGCUAAUGUUUGAGUCUGACUAAAGUCCAUGAAGUUGUUUAUUUUGUUGUUGUUGUUUUUUUUUUUUUUAUGUUAGAGUCUGACCAAUGCCACAACUUGGAAUCAUGUUUACUAUUUCUUAAUAUGACAGCCCUUCAGAGUAAUGCCCUCACAGUCAUUACCUGGAGCAGAGCUCAGUACGGUGGCUCAGUGUGCUGUUCAUUCACUUCUGUCAAAAUGAGUCUGAAGUGUGUUGGACUUGUUCCUCUGGUUUUGGUCUUUGGAGUGGUGUUGACGUUUGCCCAGUCAGUCGAUCACAACUGUCGUGAUCCCAUACUUCCUGACGGAUAUUUUCUUCCGCUGGAGAGUGAAGCUUCUGCUCAAGCAGUCAUCACUUACGCUUGUGAAAGAGGCCAUAAACCAGCAGCGCAGGGAUGGUGGGCAACCAGCAGAUGUCAGGGUAAUGCUUGGAUUCCAGAACCACGGUGUAUAGAUGAAAACGCCUGCCUUCCACCAACAGUCCCAAACUCAGAACAGCCCAAAGACCCACAGAGAUGGUAUGAGAAUGGACAUGUCAUAUGGGUAACAUGUGAAAAAGGCUACGAACACAAGGACCGCAAGACAACUGCCAAAUGUGAAAACGGAUCCUGGUCGACUUUGCCAGUUUGUGAGAGAGAUCCAGAUUCAUGUGAUGCCCCCCCUCAGGUCCCUCAUGCUAUCAUCGUCGGUCAUGAUUACCAAAAGGUGUAUCCCAGUGAUUCAUAUGUGACGUACCAAUGUGAAGACGGAUUCACUUCAAUGCAGAGUGACUCUGCAACAAAGGUUUUUUGCAUUGCUGGAUCAUGGUCUGAAACUCCAGUGUGCAAAAGACCUGUGGUCGACCCUGAAGCUGAUGGGAAAGUGACAGAACCUGAAGUCAGGGAAUGUGGGAAUCCUCCAAGCAUUGAAAAUGGUUAUUAUGUUGGACAAGAUAAAAUGACUUUAACAUAUGAAUGUCAUGCUCCUUACACACUGGACGGUCCAAACACUGUGGUAUGUUCCAACAAUGGGUUGUGGUCAGAACUACCCACCUGCAAAGCAAGAUCAGAUUGUCAAAUUAGACCCGGUCGAUACCAUGAUGGGCUUGAAAUACUUCAAGAAAUUCUGCUAAAUGACAGACGUGGUUUGAUGAUCAGAUGUUAUAGUAAUUUAUACAGGAUUGUUCGUUGCGACAAUGGGAAAAUAACUUACACCUCUUGUUGUGACGACUGGUACUUUCAACAUAAUUAUUGUCAAGCACAUGUUACACCUUACUGAAAGGAAAACCAUCUGCUGGAUGAAUCCCUCCCCUCUGACUGGCCAACAACAAAAGUCAAGAUGGAGAAGAGGAAUCCUAUCACCUGAACAGAGCUUUACUGAUCUCGGAUUGGAAUUUUUUUUUUUUUUUUCAUGAUUCAUUUUAAAAACCUUUUUUAUUUUUUUUUCCCAAUCUCUCUAAUGACGUUAAAUGUUUACAACAUGACAUGUGUCUUCAGUGAUCCGCUGGUAUAUUUAAACCAGAGCUCUUGAAGAAGUAAAGCCUUCAUUAAAUCUGUCGAAAAAAGUUUAUGUAUAAAGUUGUCUGAGUACAUGUUUAAUAUACAGUAAUCAACACAGGUUUGGGUACAUCAGUACAGUAUGCUGUGUAUUUUUACCCAUUCACAGACACUGCUGUCCUAAAUAUUCCCUCCAUAAAUGAAUCUAUGGAUUUCUUUGUUGAUUUCGUUAGCAUGUCUUAAAGUCACGUCUGGAAACACACUAGUCACAUGACAUACAGUAUCUUAUCGAUCCAGCUAACUGAGUUAGGAAGCUAAUUCAGUUAGCCAGUUUAGAUGGAUGGAUACAGUAAAUAGCAAAAUCACACUAUCUGGAAAACUGGAAUGCUUAGUUAGUUAGCAAACCAUCCAUCUUGUUUGCUAACCUAAGAAGCUAAUUUAUAAAUAAAAUGAUCUGGUUUGUCCUCUAGCUCACUAACAUGUCAAACUCGAUAGAUCCAAAUCCAUGUCAACUCUUGAAUUAGGUCCUAGGCUAAAUGUCUUCCACAAAGAGUUGAUUUUUUUUUUGCCUCAUCUGAUCAAAUUAAAGGCUUGAAAACUUUAUAUCAACAAGGACUCGAGAUUGAGUCAUUGUUAGAAUAUAAAGUGACCCCCAAAAGUUAUUUUCCACAUCUUUAGAAAUCCAAAUGACUGAAUAAAUAAAAGGUACCACAGUACACAAUACUAUCCUGUGAACUUUGCUCAUAAACCAGUGUAAACAGCUAA